AUCGCCGUUCGAGCGUGUAAACGCGCCUACGUUCGCGUUAACGCACCGUCUCGUGGUUACGCUAUUCCGCCAGACGAAACACGUUAGUGUUUUUCUCUCUCUCUCUGUUUCGCCUUCUCUUUCGUUCUCUGUCUCUCUCUCUCUCGCUCGCAUCUUUCUCGGUUUCGUCGCUUCCUCUGUCUCUUUCCCUUUCUCUCCGUGGUACUCUCAAUGCUCUCGGCAUCUCUGCGGAAGUCGCGUGUGUGAAGGUUUUUUCGCGUACGUGGACAUCGGCGACGACGCGAAGUGAUCCGUACACGAGUGCCAUUACCCCCCGGGGGAUACAAAUCUUGCGCGUCAUUAUGCAAUAGACAUGCAGCUGACGAGAGUGAACUGCCUCCUCAGCUAAGGACGAGGACGGCGGUGGUGCUGUGCGGCAUGUUGUUUUUAUAUUUGUUUUCUAAUACUGUGCCACGACGAGGAAACGCUGCCGCUGCCGCCGCCGCCGCCGCUCAUUUGGUUUUCUAUAUUUCGCGACGAGUAAUCACGUGGGAAUGCGUCAAGCGAUGCUAGCCGUACCUGUUAUUAAUCUCAACAACAUGUACACUCGGUAGUGAUAUCUAGUGUAAUUAUGUGCAACGUACCAUAUAGCAGUGGCUAACGCGAAUUUUACACCUUCGAAUACGCUUCCUUCCUACUCCGCUUCCUUCUCUUCCUUUUUACAUCACUUCUUCCCUCCUUCCUUCCCCCCUUCCCCCUCUUCUCCCUCCCGUCAUUUACACCUCCUGGCUUUCUCAAAGUGUUCUUUGAACUUUCUUUCAUGCGCGUCCUCCUGUUUCGACGUACUCCAAUUUUUUAAUAACGCGUUGUUAUCGUUCGCCGGCAGUCGCAUACCGCUUUGGGUUAGUUCGAAGUUCACCGCUCGAAAAUAGUGAUCCAGCGCUGGAACAUAUAUCUUCGUGGGAAGAACGAUCUCUCUCGCCUUUCUGACGUUCUUCUUAUGUUAUCUUGCUGUGCCUGGAUGUUACUUCUACGAGGAACGUUGCCCUGAAUAUUCUGCAACUUUAAAUAUGCCUUCUGUCUGCGUACAAAAAAAAGAAGGUUAAUUAAUGUCAUCGAUCGGCUUCGAGCAUACAAAUGAAGAAAUUAAACAUCAUGGGCAUAGAAAAGACUGUCGAAACAACAUAAUGUUUAACGAGGAAUGAAUAGGGAAUAAGGAAAACGAUACAAAGGAAGAAGAAAAUCAUAAAGGGGAAACUUAUUGGGGGGAUAAGAAAUAUAAUAAAGGCGCAGGAUAACAAACUAGUAAUGGAUGAAUGGGAGUGAGCACAGCGUAUGUGAAGUGCAGGCGUGGGUGCGUUCGCACGUGGGAGCCUCUGGAUGUCGAGGCCGCAGCACUGGCAGUGUCAGUGGCAGUGAUGGCCCCUGCUCUGACGGAAGGCGGUCCUCGAAAGCCUGAAAAUUUGUUCCCUUCCCUUCCAGCUGGUGGGUUCCUUUCCCCAGAGCAGGCUGUACAAGUGUGUCAGAAUCGUGAAAUUCUGGCAAAAUUUGUUGUCUCUGCAAACGUUCAACCAUCUAAGAUUGAUGAUCAGUGUUUACAUGGUAUAUCCAAAGAUCUCAUUCGUGAUGUCAUCAAUUCGAAAUACGCCAACGAUCUUGAUAGUUUGUCUACAUUUACGCACGGAUCUGACCUGAUUACAAAAAAGGCAUUAAUUAAACAGGACUGUGAACAAACAGACAUUCUGGGCAGUCCAGAGAAAAAGUUGACUGAUAUUAUAAUGAACGACCCAUCUAUGGGUGAUCAAGCGGAUAAUAUGGGUUUCUUAAAAUCAAGCGCAGACUUGCCUUUGGUAUGCUCAGAAACUGUAGGAGACAAUAAAAAUCUAGACGUGGAUCAGAUAAUGGCCUUCGGAACCGAUAUAACUACCGAUAGUGAGCAGUGUAACAUGGGCAAUGUCGGCGAUAUUGGACAGAAUGUUGAAGAUAUUUUGCAAGUUAUUAAAUCUAUCGAAGGAGCGGAGAAUGCAGAGAAUAUAUCUGCAGGCAGCAGCGAACCAGUGCAAAGCACCGUGGAUGGAGUGGAGAUGUUUUCUAUGCCCGAGGAAGGAUUCUCCUCCUUUGAACGGGAUUUACUUAACGACGUUGAUGUUAUGAGUAUUUGCAAUCAUAUGAAUAUUGCUGACACAGUGGACCAACAUAAAACCAACAACUUAAAGUUGCAGCAGGAUAUUGUUGCACAAAAACAGUUUGAGAACGAAAGGAGAUGCGCAUUUCUACUAAGAAGACUGAGGAAGCUUCAAGUAAGAUUAAUAGGGAGGCAUGUUGCGGAAGAAAAUACAGGAGUUCUUGAACUUGCCCACCAUGGAGUGAAGAAAUAUCUUUUUCAAGAAUUGGUUAAUAUCAGUUCUAAGUCUAAUGUUAGAAACUUUCCUGAGAUUAGUAGUAGUUUGAAUUCGUUUUUGCAAAAAAUUGAAAAAAUGUGUGUUGCUCAGAGCAAUAGUGUGAAUCGUCAGCGAUUAUGUUGCCGAUAUUUUGGUGGUGGAUCGCGCGACAGUUUGGGUAGUACUUCGGGCAAUAAUGGUAAUCGUCAGCCAGUGUUUGGUACCCCUCAAGUUAAAGUUAAAGGUGAUGAAGUGGAGAAAGUGGCUGGACCUUUAGCUACGCAACUGCAUAUUGUUGAAUCUAAUCUUGAUUCCGAUUGUACUGCGUCCAGUAGUGGUGGAGAAAGUUGUGAUGAAAUGCAGACAUUUAAUAAUCCGCAUCAACAACAUUUAUCUAUAUCAAAAAGAGCAGCAUGGAGGUAUGCUCAAGAUCGUGCAGGUGUAGCAGCAAGAUGGACAUGGUUACAAGCACAAAUAUCAGACUUGGAAUAUAGAAUUAGACAACAUAAUGAAUUGCAACGGCAUAUUAGGUCUAACAAGGGAUUAGUGAUACUUGAUAAUGCAGAAGCAGUGAAUGGGUAUAGUGGCGUUUUACCAGGUUCUACAGGACGUUAUAAUUCACCGGAAAGUGAACUGCCAGCUAGUAGAACACGGCCAUUCGUUUGGAGUUUUUAUAGGAAGAGGAAAUUAUUACAAGUAGACAAAUUACAUGAAGUCUCGAAACGAGCAGCAAAAGCAUCAACAGUAAGGUGCAAUUGUGAUAAUGUAUUACCACCAUGUGCUUUAUGCACUGGAAGAUUGGAUCCGAUGCAACCGCAGGAACCAAUUGAACAGAUGUCUGUACAAGAACGGAUUGCACUUGUUGAUCCUUGUUACCAUCCUGUUUUGUCAUUUUCUGAUGAAAUUACGCAAGGAACUCACCUUGAAGCUAUCAUGAAAUCAGUGGAGUGGCAGCAAAAAAUGUUAAGAGGAAAUUUACGAAUUACACGACUGAAAGAUAAAGAUAACAAUGAGAGAAGGAAUAAAAAACUUCCAAGCCAUAGAACAAAAUAUACAGCUCGGUUAAAGAAGUCGUCUUCAACUAUUCUUACAGCGAGAAUCAAGAGAAAAAUGUUGAAGGGCAAAAGGAACAGGCUUGGCCAUGAUAGAAGCGUGCACAGUAUAAGUAGAAAGAGGGUGCAGAAAUUAGCAACCGAAGACGAUGAUGAUAUUAGCGCACUUUCCAGCUCUAGUAAACAUUCGUCUCCGGUACCUUCUCCGCUGCACCAUACUGCUGCUUCUUCAGAGAAAAAUACUGUUAAAGAAAAAAGCUCCACUUCUCAUGGACGUCUGAGGCAAAAUUCAUAUGAUAUCGAUAAUAUUGUUAUACCAUACAGCGUAGCUGCUUCAACUAGGCUCGAAAAACUACAAUAUAAAGAAAUAUUAACACCAAAGUGGAGGUUAUGCGAUGAACCAUCAAAAUUGGAUAUUAAAAACGGUGUUAUGCAUAGGCCUAGUCAAGAUAGUGAUUUCGAAGAUAUGUCGGAUGAAACUAUUGCUUUGAGGCACGAACGGAGCGAGCGAGAGGAAAACAAGCGUUUUAUGACGUAUGUGAAUAUGCCACAUCAGUCGCGUAUUCGUCAUAACCGCAGGACGGAUAGUCGGGCAGACAGUGGUGCAAAUACACCAGAUCCUAUGUCCCCUCACGCAAGUGAUUUUGGCGGGGAUAUAAUGUCGCCAAUUACAUCACCUCCAGCGACUCCAUCGCAAAUUCAAGACUCGGAACAUCAACAAAACUCCGAUACGCAUCGGUCACACACAUCUGCUUUACAAAAUGCUUUGCGACGUCGUACCACGCCUACAUUAAGACUAGGAAAGGAUGACACUAUCACUUCGUUAAAUGAAGACGAAAAUGAGAUUUUGCCAUACGAACCAAGAGUAUUUCCAUUGACCGAAGAAGUUUAUGACAAAAUGUUAGAAGUGAUGCCAGACGGGCAUUGGCAGGCUUCGUCAGCGUCUCUUUGUUCCCGCGAAGAAGAAAAAGCAGACGAUGUAGACGAUAAUGUUUCGUUUCUAGGACGGAGAAAUGGAUUCUCCAGAGUCAGACUCGACGGAAUCGGCUUGUUGUGACAUAGAAGGCGAGGAUCCCAAUGAUCCUGAAUGGACAGUAGCUGACGAUAGGGAUACUGAAAAGGAACGAAUACGUCCGACAGCUAAAAGAUAGGAUAAAACCUUUAAGUACAGUAUGUCUACAUCGUCGUUACUAUAUGCAGAAGCUACCUGUCAAUUGUUAUAUAUACCUGUCGGUCAUGUAACAUGCACCUUAAGUUAAUGGUAUUACGAAUCUGUAAAGUGUAUUAUAAAUAUAAAUUUUAUAACUUCUUUCUGCUUAAAUCAAUGGAAAACCUUAAUAAUUGCUUUUAAGUAUUGCUAUU